AUGAGUUCAUUUGAUCUUAAUAUGAAUGAUGAGGAAGUUCUUAUUAAUUUAUCUGAAAGACCUAUCGGUGUGAAAAAAGCAAAAGGAAAACAAAAAAGUGAUGAACAAUUUAAGAAAUUAAUGGAACAAAGUCAAAAACUUGUUAACGUUAUAGAAAAGGGUAACUUUGAAAGAAAUGAACUUCUGAGACAAAAGGUUGAUGUGGCUAGAAUGAGAGAAGAGAAUAAAAUUUUAUUUAUGGAUAUGAAUUCUAUAUCCGAUCCAGAGUUUCGCCAAUUUAUUCAAAGCGAAAGGAGAAAAAUUUACAGAUCAAGAGCACAAACAUCCGAACAUGGAGAAGGAUAUCAAUAUCAGGGAUCUCAAUAUCGAGCAUCUCAGUUCCAAAGAUCUCAAUAUGAAGAAGAACACAUGGAAGGAGCUGAAGAUGAACAUCAACGAUCUCAAAAUCCUUCACAAGAUUAUAGUCAAUAUUAUGACUAUCUUGGCGGAACUGGGAAUAAUUUUUAA